CUGCGGCUGAAAUAUUCAUUUUUAGAGCGUUAGUGAAUUAAAAAAAAACAGUAUAAAAACCGGAAUGUCCAACUGAUAAGGCUGAAAAUUUUUCACUUGUUAUUUACAGUAUGAUAAAUACAUUCACCAACUUUUAUUAAAAUAAAACCAUUUAAACUGGGUGUUCGGAUUUAUAUGUCACUUAGUAUAUUAUGUCACGAAUGGAUGACGUCAUCGUAUCAGAUAGGGCCACGUAAGUUGUAUCCGUCAAUUUCACACUUGAACAAGCAGAGUCAGGUAUUAAUUGGGCCAUAUCGACAGGACCUGUCAUUAUUGGUACUUGCCUGUCCUACCAACGGAGAUUUGGUGCCUCAUACUUCGGUAUUUGGACGACGAAGCUCUACUGUCAGCGAUCAGGUCAAAUAGAUCUUGGUUGACGUACGCUAACGGAGAUCCGGUGCUGAACCAGCGUUUGACUACUGCAUUGUUGGAGGAAAGAGAACGGUUCUUGAAGAUGAAGACGCAGAACGAAAUACAACGUCCUCUGUCGACAGCUGGUACAUUUCGUAGUAAUACUCGAAAGAUCGUCAUCAGAAAACCAGAGAAUUAUUACAACAACGCAGGGCUUCGCAAGGGAAUAUUGGAGAAGCCUAAGGUUACGAAAUUAAAUAGGAAAAUUAAAAGUGUAAAGAAUAAUUCUAGAAAUAAAC